CCCAGGAGGACGUUUUCCCUGGAGGAUUUCGAGGUGGGGCGUCCCCUGGGCAAGGGGAAGUUCGGGAACGUUUACCUGGCCCGCGAGCGCCGCUCUGGGUUCCUGGUGGCCCUCAAGGUGCUCUUCAAGUCGCAGGUGGAGCAGGAGGGGGUGGAGCAUCAGCUCAGGAGGGAGAUCGAGAUCCAGGCACACCUCAGACACCCCAACGUGCUGAGGCUCUACAAUUACUUCCACGACCGGCGCCGGGUGUUCCUCAUCCUGGAAUUCGCCCCCCGAGGGGAGCUCUACAAGGAGCUCCAGCGCUGCAGGAGGCUCGACAGCACCAGGACGGCCACGCUGAUGGAGGAGCUGGCAGACGCCCUCCUGUACUGCCACGGGCGCAAAGUGAUCCACAGGGACAUCAAACCCGAGAACCUCCUGCUGGGCCUCAAAGGGGAGCUCAAAAUCGCCGAUUUUGGGUGGUCCGUGCACGCCCCCUCCCUCAGACGCCGCACCCUGUGUGGGACCCUGGAUUACCUCCCCCCCGAGAUGGUGGAGGGGGGGGGCCACGAUGAGAAGGUGGAUCUGUGGUGUUUGGGGGUCCUGUGCUACGAACUCCUGGCUGGGAACCCCCCCUUCGAGAGCCCCUCGGCCGCUGACACCUACAGGAGGAUCACCCAGGUGGACCUGCACUUCCCCCCCCACAUUCCCGAGGGGGCUCGGGAUCUGAUCCAGAGGCUCCUCCAGAGGGUCCCGGCCCAGAGACUCCCCCUCAGGGGGGUCCUGGGGCACCCCUGGGUCAGGGGGCACUCCAGGAGGGUCCUGCCCCCUGGCUACUGCCCCCCUGAGACCCCA